GAGGAAAAUUGCCCGUGGGCUCGUGGCUCACGCCGAGGUAUCCAGCCACGAUACUCCCACACGUCCCCGUCGCCUCCUAGCCCCCUGUUUCCCACCACCUCUGCUUCUCCGGAAGCCCAGACAGCAGCGCGGGAGCUCCUCCUAGCUCAGGAUCGGUGGGAGUUGAUACGAGGCGGAGGAGAUGGCGGAUGCGAAGCAGCAGCAGCCGCCGCAGACGGCGUUGGCGGCCAGCGGCGUCUGGAAGACGGUGAAGCCCUUCGUGAACGGCGGCGCCUCCGGCAUGCUCGCCACCUGCGUCAUCCAGCCCAUCGACAUGGUCAAGGUGAAGAUCCAGUUGGGCGAGGGCUCUGCAACUUCUGUCACCAAGAAGAUGCUUGCUAAUGAGGGAGUUGGUUCCUUUUACAAGGGAUUAUCUGCUGGCUUGCUAAGGCAAGCGACAUACACAACCGCCCGACUUGGAUCCUUCAGGGUUCUCACAAAUAAAGCAGUUGAAGCAAACGAAGGAAAACCACUGCCCUUAGUCCAGAAGGCUGCUAUUGGUCUCACUGCUGGAGCGAUUGGAGCGUGUUUUGGUAGUCCUGCGGAUUUGGCACUCAUUAGGAUGCAGGCUGAUUCAACCUUGCCAGCAGCCCAGCGCCGCCACUAUAAGAAUGCUUUUCAUGCACUUUAUCGUAUUAUUGCUGAUGAAGGUGUUCUGGCACUUUGGAAGGGCGCAGGUCCAACUGUAGCUAGAGCGAUGUCACUAAACAUGGGCAUGCUUGCCUCCUAUGAUCAGAGUGUUGAGGUACUUAGAGACAAACUUGGUGCUGGUGAACUUUCUACAAUGCUUGGGGCCAGUGCUGUUUCAGGAUUCUUCGCGUCUGCUUGCAGUUUGCCCUUCGACUAUGUUAAGACACAGGUUCAGAAGAUGCAACCUGAUGCUACUGGAAAGUAUCCAUACACUGGGUCUCUUGACUGUGCAAUGAAGACCUUGAAGAGUGGUGGUCCAUUUAAGUUCUACACUGGCUUUCCGGUCUACUGUGUCAGGAUUGCUCCACAUGUCAUGAUGACUUGGAUAUUCUUGAAUCAGAUCCAGAAGGUCGAGAAGCGUGUCGGCCUUUAAAGUGCCGUGCUAUGCUAUCCUUGCCGACAAAUUAUAAUAGUGUAGCUGCUUUGUACCUACAGUAUAAAUCAGCAGUUGGUUCUGAUAGACAAAAUCUGUACUUAUCUCCUUGGCCUAUAUGCUACCAUUGUUCUCUGUGUCUUUCAGAAGAAAUAAUCAUAUCAUUUCUGGGUAACUUUUGGCUGAAAGUAGAGUUAGGAGCAGAUAUGCCACCACCGGGUUGAACCCAUCUCAUCAGUGGAACCAGACAUCAAACAAACUUUUUCAGUACUCCCUCCGUCCGAAGAAACUUGCCCCAAGCUUGUUCCUCAAAUAGAUGUAUCUAACACUAACUUGGUGCUAGAUACAUCCAUUUGAAGGACAAGUUUUUUCGGACAGAGGGACUAUAUAUUUGUUUAGGCCUUAUGUUUGACAAGUGUCAACAUGUAUCUUUUUUUGGCAGGGUAACAUGUGUAGUUAAUUCUCGUUGUUGUAUUUUUCUUGGUAUAUAACGCACAAACAUUUUUGUUGGUUC